CGGUCCAUCGGAAUCAAUCCGCAGUAUCACAUUCGUUGUCCCGUUCAUGCUCGUAUCUCUCAUCGCGACGUGCGUUCUGAAAAAUGCUCCAUCUGCCCUCAGUAAGUAAUAAAAGACGGAUAGAGGUUCCGAGGACUGUGACGGGAGUCGCGUGGGAAUUGCGGAAGCGGAGAUUCACGGCGCCCGGGUUCCUCGCCCGACUCGGCUCGCGAGCGAGUUCCGGUUUUACGGCGAACAAUGGCAAUGGAAAGUGAUCGUCGAUAUUUCCAUACCUUCCGUGCGCGAUACACGGUAGCACUCUCAUAGAUUCCGGAUAUCUCGUGAGUGAUGAUGCCGAGUUUGACGCGUCGCCAGCAGCACUUUUCUCGGAGGGAAGAAAGAUCAUUGACGAAUGUUUUUCUAAGUGUUCACUCGCGAAUAAGAUGUUUCUUGCUUGCAUUUCGCUGCUUUGUUCAUUGAUGACGUAUUCAUGUCAUCAAACUAAAUAAUUGAGAGUUUCAUCGUAACGGUAGGACAAAGGUACUUGGUGCAUGUUUAUUAAUUAAAAUAACGUUUGCUAGUAUUGCAGCAAGUAAUUCUGGGUGGCAUGAGUAAGUAAGAGUGAAAUGAGCAAACUUGAUGAUCGUAUUCAUGGAUUCCUAACGUUCUAUUGUACUACUUUUAAUUACUAUCUUAAUUUUAAUAGAAUGCCUAGUUACGAAACUACCAAUCUUGGCUUUAGUGGUCACAACUUAAAUGUUCAUCAAGAUUUUUCUUCUUUUGGAUACUCCUCAUUCGGAAAUGGUGGCGAUCUUCACGUACGAUUAGAUCAAGGAUUUAAAGGCGGCAAUGUUCAACACACAAUCGCUCAAGCUAUACCGAUCAGCGAGCAUAUUGAAGUUACAAAGCCAGUGGCAAUACCAGUAAUAAAAAAUAUCGGAGUCCCAGUAGUACAACCCAUGACGAUUCCUGUGCCACAUCCUAUGGCGAUAGCUAUUGCUCAACCCUAUCCCGUCCACAUGCCGGUUGUCCAACCGGUCGCCAUGCCAGUUGUGAAAACCAUUGCAAUUCCAGUCGAGAAGAAAAUACCAUAUCCGAUAGAGAAGAUCAUACCAGUACCCGUGGAAAAGCCGGUGCCAAUAACUAUUGAGAAACAUGUGCCAGUUCCAGUGGAAAAGCCAUAUCCUAUUCACAUUCCAGUUUAUAAGCAUGUUUAUCACCGAAAAACAAAGAAACACGGUCGCAAGUGGAGACAUUGAAAAUUAUACUUAUGGGAUAUUCUAGUAACACGGAUAAUUAUUAAUUCGUGAAGCAUCUUCUCGAAGCCAGAUGAAGCUAAAUGGCAAUAUAUUAAACUUAUCUUUAUUAAGAGUUGAACUCUGCCAGAAGCAAGAUUUGUAGUUAUAUUUGUUAAUAAUAAUGUGAUGUGAUAAUGAAAAUUAUUUUAUUAUUUGUAUUUUGAUAAAGCUAUUGUUGUUAUAUCCAUACUUAUUGGCAUGCACUGUUUGUUGCUGCCGAAUAAUGAUUUUAUUUAAUAAAAAAAUUAUUUUUU